UAGAGUCAUGGAACCCGCCGUUGUCCAACCAGCCUCCGAAGCCGAGCAGGCGAAGCGCCGCUGUCUCUGCCUGCAAGAACUAAUCGUAAAUUCCCUCCCGCCGUCCAAGCUCUCCACCCUAGCCAAGCUCACCCUUCUCCGUCUCCUUCGCGCGGAGCUUCGCUUCCUCUUUCGCCUAUCUUCCCCCUCAACUCGCAUCACUUCAAACAUCGGCUACUUCGAAUCCAUCGUCCGCGUCCUUCUCCAUCCCGCUCUCCGCAAAGCCUCCCGCCUCUGCAAGCCUGUCCCGUCCUGUUCUGUACAUGUUGAUAUCGUCUGCAGCUUCGGCUCCUCUCCCUCCUGGUUCCUCGUCUCCGACUGCAACCCUACCCGUAUCUCCUGGACCGGAAGUCUCCGCUCCCGCGCCGAGCGCGCCCUUCUCGCCGCUCGCUCUGCCUCUCUCGCUCUCAAACCUGCCUGUCUCUUCCUUGUCUUUUCCCGUGGGCUCCCAGAUGACACGGCUUCGGAGAUUGGCCGCCAUCUCGCCGCCGUUGAGGUCGAUGUACAUGCGGAAUGCAACUUUUUUGAGGAUUUAAAGGAAGGUUGGAUCGGGGUGGGAUGGUGGGAAAUGAAGGGAUCUCGCUGGUUUAGAGUCAAGAUAGAAGGGGAUGAUCUUGAACGUGUUAACGAAGUUCCUAGAUUUCUAACCGUGAGUAAUGGAGAGAAAGCGCAUUUGGGGAAGGAUGCAUUUGGGGAGUUGUUGUCGUGCUUGAGGCCUGGAGGGAUAGUUGGGGAUUUGAUAAAUUUUGAUACGACAGCGCUGAUUGCUAUGGUUUCGGGGAUAAGUAAUGAUUCUGCGGAGACGCUGCUUAGGGAGCCGGAGGGCGACCUGAGACAGCGAUUUAAACGAAACUAUAAGUUUGUAAUAGCGCAGGCAACUUCUGAACUUGAGCAACCAAUUCUGGUAGAACUUAAAGUUGCAUUAGAUGGGAAGAAAGGCAUUAUAUGUGAGAGCGUUCGCUUAGAGUUCAAGGAGCUCAUUUUCAUGUGUGGAGGAGCUAAGGAGAAGUUAAGAGCAGGUCAAUUGCUAAAGCAUCUUAUUGUUGUCCCAGACAGACCUUCGGCACGCAUUUGUGAUCUUCCAACAACAAGAAAAAUUGGAGAAAAGAACAAGGUCAUAUUUGGAACUGGAGAUCACUACCAUGCUCCGACUUUAACGGCAAAUUCAGGUUUUGUAAGGGCCAUCUCCCAAACUAGCAUGUCUUUGUUAACCAUUGAACAUAGACCUCGUGCACUAACUGGUGAUUAGCUCCUUUAUUAACUGAAUUGUACGUCAUAUGCAAGUCAGAUCUGCAUUAAUAUGUUUGCUUAUUUUGAUUUUUAUUUAUUUUUUUUAUUUUGAUCUGAAA